CCUCACCCCGGGCUUGAUAUAGGCUACCUCAAUUCUCGAGCUCGACGCCGUCGCAGUAUCAUCAUUUAUAGAUUGUUCGAGGACAUCAAGGGAACAGUCUCGAGUCGGACCACCUCGCAUACAGCGCUUCACCUGAAUUCAAGCAAGAGACCUGAUCCCACGUCACCAUAGGUAGUCGGCCCGAGAUGUUCGCAAGCAAGCAGCCCAUUGCCAUUGUAGGCAGCAGCUGCCGUCUCCCCGGCGGGGCGACCUCGCCGUCCCGGCUGUGGGAACUCCUGGAGACGCCUCGCGAUGUGGUGCAGGAAAUACCAGCGAGCCGCUUCAACACCGAGGCAUUCUACCAUGCAGACAGCCAGCACCAUGGAAGUACCAACGUCAAGCACGCCUACCUCCUUGAUGAAGAUCCCCGUGGAUUCGACCGCGACUUCUUCUCCAUCAACCCCAAGGAAGCCGAGGCCAUGGAUCCCCAGCAACGACUGCUCCUCGAGACGGUGUACGAGGGCCUGGAAUCGGCCGGGUACUCGAUGCAGCAGCUCCGGGGAUCGUCUACCGCCGUAUUUGUCGGCUGCAUGUUCUACGAUAACCAGUACACCGCGAUCCGGGGCAUCGACAGCCUGCCUCAGUACCACGCGACAGGGACCGGGUCGUCGAUCUUGUCCAACCGGGUGUCGUACUUUUACGACUGGCGCGGUCCGUCCGUGACCCUCGACACGGCCUGUUCGUCGAGUCUGGUCGCCCUGCAUCAGGCAGUCAGUGCCCUCCGGAACGGCGAGGCUAGCAUGGCUGUUGCGGCCGGCUCGAAUCUCAUCCUGGGUCCCGAGCCCUUCAUCAGCGAGUCCAAGCUCAACAUGCUGUCCCCGAAUGGGAGAUCCUUCAUGUGGGAUUCGCAAGCAGAUGGAUACACGCGCGGCGAAGGCUUCGGCGUCGUCUUCCUCAAGACGCUGAGCCAGGCCAUCGCCGACGGGGACCACAUCGAGUGCGUCAUCCGCGAGACGGGCGUCAAUUCGGACGGCAAGACGCCGGGCAUCACGAUGCCGAGCUCCGAGUCGCAGGCGCGGCUGAUCCGGGACACGUACGCCAGAUGCGGGCUCGAUCUGUCGCGAGAGUCCGAUCGUCCACAAUACUUUGAGGCUCACGGCACCGGCACGCCGGCGGGCGACCCCAUCGAAGCCCGAGCGAUCCAGAGCGUCUUCUUCCCCAAUGACGGCGGCGACACUGAGCACCGUGGUGAGCUCGUGGUGGGCAGCAUCAAGACGAUCAUCGGCCACACCGAGGGCACGGCCGGGAUCGCGGGGGUGCUCAAGGCGUCAUUGGCGCUGCAGCACGGCCGCAUCCCGGCGAACCUCCACUUCCAGAAGCUGAACCCCAAGAUCCAGCCGUACUACACCAACCUACGCAUCCCGACCGAGACGGAGCCCUGGCCCAGCGUGCCACAGGGAAGCGUGCGACGAGUCAGUGUCAACAGCUUCGGCUUUGGCGGCACGAAUGCCCACGCCAUCCUCGAGAGUUACGAGGGCGGCGGUAGUGGUACCGGAGCCGAUGGUUCCAAAACCCCCGACUCGGGCUUUGACUCGGCCUCUUCGACCUCCUCUCAGGCCGGCGAUGGUGAAGGUGACGGUGACCAUGAACCCAUUAAAGUCAACAAAAAAGCCCAGGAGGAGGCUGCGCUAGUCGGACCGUUCGUCCUGUCGGCGCACUCGAGUGUCGCGCUGGCCGCCAAUGCCAGCGCCCUGGCCAGCCAUCUUCGCGGCCCCCACUCGGACAACAUCGACCUCACAGCCCUGGCAUACACGCUGUUCCGGCGCACGCCAUUUGCCUUCCGCGCGGCCUUCUCAGCCUGCUCGACGGCCGCGCAGCUCGCGUCCAAGCUCGAGGAAGCCGCCAAGUCGCUCGAGCGCCGACCGGGCGUCAAGUCGGUCUUCCCCGAGGCCCUGCCGCCACGCAUCCUGGGCGUCUUCACCGGCCAGGGCGCACAGUGGGCGACCAUGGGCCGGGAGCUCUACCACGGCGUCUCCGCCUCGGGACCGUUCCGCGCUGCCAUCGACGCCAUGCAGCGGAGCCUCGAUACCCUGCCGGCCGCCGAGGACCGCCCGACCUGGCGGCUGGCCGACCAGCUGCUCGCCGAGGGCGGGACUUCGCGCGUCGCCGAGGCAGCCGUCUCGCAGCCGCUGUGCACGGCGCUGCAGAUCGCCCUGGUCGACACGCUGCGGGCCGCGGGGAUCGAGUUCGCCGCCGUGGUCGGCCACUCGUCGGGCGAGAUCGCGGCGGCGUACACGGCGGGCUACCUCGACGCCGGCGAUGCGAUCCGCGUGGCCUACUACCGCGGGCUGCACGCCCACCGCGCACAGGGACCCGGCGCCAAACGCGGCAAGAUGAUGGCCGUCGGGAUGGGCUGGGAGCAGGCGACGGCGUUUUGCGCCGAGUUCGAGGGCGCCCCCCUGGUCGUGGCGGCGAGCAAUUCGCCCACGAGCUGCACGCUCGCGGGCGACGCGGACGCCGUCGACGCGGCCUUUGCGCGCCUGCAGCAGGAGGGCACGUUUGCGCGCGUGCUGCAGGUUGACACGGCCUAUCACUCGCACCACAUGAAGCCGUGCGCCGGCCCGUACCUCGCGUCCCUGAGGGAAUGCGGCGUGAAGCUGCGACGUCGCGACCAGCAGCAGCAGCAAUGCCGAUGGUACUCGAGCGUUUGGGACAAUGACGACCACAUCCACACGGCUGAUGACGGCGGCAGGCUUCUGGAGGGCCAAUACUGGGUUGACAACCUGACGCGGCCGGUGAAGUUCAGCCAGGCGUUGGCGCGGGCGCUGGACCAGGACCACGUCUUUGAUCUGGCGCUCGAGGUCGGACCGCACCCGGCGCUCAAGGGACCGGCCUCGGAGACGAUCAAGACGUCGGCGGCCGGUCUUGUCUCGCUACCCUACGCCAGCGCCCUGAAGCGAGGGCAAAAUGCGGUCGAGUCCCUCACGGAAGCCCUGGGUACGGUUUGGACUCUGUUCCCGUCGCCGCCCACGGGACGCCCCAUUGUCACCUUUGACGGCGUGCGUCGGGCCUUUUUGCAACAACAGGAUGAGACCGCCGCCGACAGCAACAACAUGGAAAUCGAACAACAUCCUAUUAGGGUCCUGAAAGGUCUGCCGCCCUACUCGUGGAAUCAUGCCACUCCCAUCUGGAAGGAGUCGCGGACCUCUCGUCUCUUCCGCGUCGGCAGCCGCCGGGGUCACGGCCGGCACGAGCUCCUGGGCCAUCCUGUCGUGUAUGGAGGAGGAGGUGGCGGUGCGCGCGACAACAAGCGCGAGGUGCACUGGAAGCAGGUGCUCCGGCUGCAGGAGCUUCCCUGGCUGGCGGGACAUGUGAUCCAGGGAGAAGUCCUGUUUCCGGCGUCGGGCUACCUGUCCAUGGCGUACGAGGCCGCUCUCCAACUUGUUGUUCUCGACGAUGACGAGAAGAAGCAGAAGCAGAAACCGGUCCGGCUCGUCGAGCUCCAUGAUGUCGACAUUGUGCGCGCCAUGCGCCUCGAGCAGGAUUCCGGUCUGGAAGUGGUGCUUACUGUCCGCGUGACGAGCCAGUCGGACGACUGCAUCACCGCACAGGUGGCAUGCUACAGCGGACCCGUGGACGCGCCGCUGCCGCUGGACGCGCCGCAGACGGCCCUUUCGGCCCACUUCACGGGAGGGGUGCGGCUAUGGCUCGGCCGGUCCGAGUCCGAGUCCGACCAAGAGGAGGACAAGGAGAACGAGGUCGAGGUCCUGCCGCGCCGGACUGCUGGGGAGAGUGCCGGGCCCCUGCCGAUGGACGCACUGGACAUGGAGCAGCUCUACUCCAGCCUGGCCGAAGUUGGCCUGCAGUACGCCGACCCCUUCAAGGCCAAAGCCAUGCUGCGCCGGCUCCAUCGGGCCACGGUAACGCUGUCCUCGCCGCCCGGGUCGUCGGCCCUCCACGCCUGCAUGCAUCCUGCGCCGGUCGACACGGCUGCCCAGGGCCUGCUCGCCGCCUUCUCGUUCCCGGGCGACGACCGCCUGUCGACUCUCUACCUGCCGACACGGGUUGACAGUGUCCGGAUCGUCCCCCCCAAGCCAAACAGCCGAACUGAGAAUGAGAACCUCAGUCAGCAGGAGCAGCUCACUGCCGACGCAACGGUGACCUCGACAGCCGGCUCCACCAUUGUGGGUGACAUUGACGUGUUCAAUGCGGCCACCGACGAGGUCAAGGUCCAGAUCCGCGGCAUUUGCCUGACGGCGGUAGGCCAGCAGCAGCGUGAUGCCUGGCUAUACGCCGGAACGAAGUGGGUGCGCGAUGCCGACUCGGGCAUCGAGCCGGAGCGUGCGGCGACGCUGUCCGAGGAGUUGAACGUGCAGUACGAGGUGCUGUCCCGCGCGUCCUACUUCUAUCUCCGGCAGCUGCGCACCCUCCUGCCGCAGGAGAUGCUCAUCAUGAGCAAGUCGUACAAGCGCAACGUGGCGUGGGCGCUGGAGCAUCUGCUGCCGCAGAUCGAGGCCGGCGCGCACUCGGGCCUGCCGGGAUUCAAGCCCGAGUGGAAAGAGGACACGGCCGAGAUAAUCCAGGCGCUGAGGGAGGAGAGCAUCAGCAGCCAGAAGAGCGACGAGGAGAGGUACCACUGCGAAAUGCACUGGGACUUCCUGCGCUCCGUGGGCGACAAGCUCAUCUCGGUCGUGCGCAGCAUGACGCCGUGGGUGCGCAUCUGGACGCCGCAUCAGCUCGAGUGGGUGUACGCCGACGGGAUCGGCUACAGCGCGGCCAACCGCGACGCGGCCACGCUCAUCGCGCAGCUCGCGCACCGGUACCCGCGACUGAACAUCGUCGACGUGGGCGCCGGCACCGGCGGCACCUCGGGCGCCGUGCUCAAGGCGCUGCAGGAGCAGCAGCUGCAGUACGCGUCGUACCACUACACCGACAUCUCGCCCGACGUGCUCGACCGGGCCCGCGUGCUGCACGGCCACCACAAGAACGUGACCUUCCGGAAGCUGGACAUCGACAAGGACCCGGCCGGCCAGGGCUUCCCGGACGCCAGCUUCGACCUGGUCAUCGCGUCCAAGAUCCUGCACAAGCUCCCGAGCCUGGCGGACGCGCUGCGCCGCUGCCGGCAGCUGCUGCGUCCCGGCGGCCAGCUGAUCCUGCUCGAGCCGACCGACGACUUCCUCAUGUCGCAGAUCGUCAAGCUGGCGCUGCCCGACUUCUUCGUCGGCCUCGACGACGGCCGCGUCAACGGCCCCACCGUCGACCUCGAGCGCUGGGACCAGCUGCUCCGGGAGACCGGCUUCGCGGGCGUCGACAGGACGAGCACGCGGACCGUGUCGUACUGCUCCGUCAUGGUGGCGCACGCCGUCGACGACACGGUCCGGCUCCUGCGCGAGCCGCUUGCCGCCGCGCCCGAGGCGUUGGCACCAGCGCUUGGCGACGUCGACGUCUUCAUCGUGGUGGCUGGAGGGGGCGGUGCUGGUGGUAAUGAUACGAUCACUUCCCAUCUCGCAUCCCAGUGCCAGAAUCUCUUGCAAGCCACGUCUUCCAAGACAGUCACCAUCGUCCCCGGGCUCGAUGCCGUGGGUACGGCGGCCCAGUACAACAUUACCCCGGGCUCUGCCGUACUGUGCCUGGCGGAGCUGGAGCAUCCCGUCUUCCAGGAAGAAGGUGAUAUGGCGCAGCGUUUCCGCGGACUGCAGGAGCUGAUGGCCGCCGCCGGGUCCGUCCUCUGGGUGACGACGGGCGCGCGCUCCGGCCGCGAUCCCUGCGCCAACAUGGUGGUCGGCAUGGGCAGCACGCUGCGGGCCGAACGCGGCCCGUCGCUGCGGCUGCAGUUCCUCGACGUCGACAAACCCUCGGCUCUGCUGCUGGAGUCGUCCGAGUCGUCGAAGAAUGGGGGCCCCGCCUUGCUGGCCAGGCUGCUCCUCCGCCUCGCCAUCUUCGACCCGACAACAAGCGGAGAGGACGUGCUUUGGACGCAAGAGCCCGAGCUGGCCCUGGGCGAGGAUGGCGCGCUCUACAUCCCCCGCGUGCUGGCACUCGACGCGCCCAAUCGGAGGAACGCCGCACGGCGGCGCAGAGUCACGCAGCAGGUCGUCUUGCCUUCUUCUCGGUCUUCAGGGGCGCCGGCUGUCGUGCUAGAGCGUGGUCUGGGUCAGGAGGCGUCAGGAUCAUGGGAGCUGAAGACAGCCGAGCCGCUGGGAAGCAGUCCGAGUGACGAGGGCAAAGGAGUGGUGCGCGUGCAGGUUACUGCAUCUUCCCUGCAGCGAUUCACCUGCAGCGACGGCGGCUCCUCGCCUUUGCAUGUGUGCAUCGGCCGAGACGUGGCAUCCGGCGAAAAAGUCGUCGCUCUGUCCGGAGUAAACGGCUCCCUUGUUUCCAUCGCCCAAGAACACCACGUCUUGCGGCGCUGGCCGCGGUCCGACAAAGACAACAACAACAACAACAAUGACGACGACGACCUGGCAUGGCUGCAAACAUUCCUGGCGCGGGCGUGUGCCAGCCGCCUGCUCCUCGGCGUCCAGGGGCCUGCGGCGUGGAUCCACGGCGCUCCGGCGCAGCUCGGCAAAGCUCUCGACGUAGUGGCCCGCGAGAAGGGCAUCGCCAUCUUCCAAACCACGUCGUCGACCGCAGGCGCAGCAGCAGGAGGCGUGAAGACGACGUUUGUGCACCCCUACGCGCGGGAGGACGAUGUGCUGAAUCUCCCGCUUCCCGAGGGCCUGCGGACCUUUGUCAAUCUCAAUCUCACAACAACGAGUCAAAGUGAAAGUGGUGCUGCCGUCAAGGCCGUGUGCUCUGCCCGGUCGAUCGAGAUCAAGCAGGUGGGCUGGGCUGACCUGACGGCCGGCUUCGAGGUCAGCGAACUGGACCAUCUAGCCAAGAACCAUGACGACGUCGUCAUGGACCGUCACAGUGGUGGCAUCGCGACGCUUGAGCAGGCUUCUGCCGGACUGCUGCAGGUACCCGUGGAGCAGCAGCUCUCCCCCACCGCCGUAGUGGACUGGUGCGCGGCCGAGACCGUCACCGCCGACGUCCCCCCACUCGAGCACGGGGGGCUGUUUGCCCCCGACAAGACCUAUCUCCUCUGCGGCAUGACGGGCGACAUGGGCAUCUCGGUGUGCCUCUGGAUGGUCGAGCACGGCGCCCGCCACGUGGUGCUGAUGAGUCGGAACCCCAACAUCUCGUCGCGCAUCCUGGACCACAUGGCCGCGAAGUUCGGCGCCGACGUGCGUCCCAUGGCGGUCGACAUCACCAACCUCGCCAGUCUGCGCGCCGCCGUCACCGCCAUCAAGGCCGACAUGCCCCCCACCAUCGGCGGCGUGAUGAACGGGGCCAUGAUCCUGCGCGACCGGCUCUUCCAGAACAUGCCGUGGGACGACUUCGCGGCCGUGCUGGCGCCCAAGGUGGCCGGCUCCCGGAACCUGGACGCCGUCCUGCGCGAGCACGAAGAAAAGAAGGAGGAGGGGCAGCCGCCGCUCGACUUCUUCAUCUGCCUCUCGUCCAUCACGUCCAUCGCCGGCAACGUGGGGCAGUCGGCCUAUGCGGCCGCGAACCAGUACAUGACGGGCCUGGUGCGGCAGCGGCGCCGGCGCGGCCUGGCCGCCUCGGUGCUGCACAUCGCCAUUUUGACGGGCUUCGGCUACAUCCACCGCAGCGACGCCGCCCACGCCGAGACCAUGAACAGGGCCCUCCGCACGCGCUACCACAACCAGGCCGAGCCGGAUCUGCACGCCAUGCUAGCCGAGGCUAUUGUCAGCGGCCGUGUGAGUGGCCGCGACGGUGACAGUGACAGUGACAGUGAGCUCAUCACGGGUCUGCGCACCGUGUUCGAGGGGGGCGAGAAGCCGCAAGACCCGCGUCUUGCGCGCUAUCUCCGGGACGACGACGGGGGUGAUGAUGACAGCGCAGAGCGUGGUGGUGCGGCGACCUUAAGCGUGCAGGCACAGCUGGCCGAGGUCGGCGCCGAUGACGACGCGGGCCAGCAGAGAGCCGUGCUGGAGAAGGCCUUCGCCAUCGCGCUGGGCAAGCUGCUCGAGAUGGACCCGGACACGAUCGACCCGGCGCGGCCGGUCGCCAGCCUGGGCGUCGACUCGCUGGUGGCCAUCCGCAUCCGCGAGUGGAUGCUGCGCGAGAUGGGCGUCGACCUGUCCGUCAUCAAGGUCAUGUCCGACACGUACCCCAUGUCGCGCAUGUGCGACGACGUCUUGGUCAGUUGGCGCCAGCAGCAGAAGAAGAAGGAAAACUAAGGAUGUGUCAACUCGCUAGGUGGUACCUGAUGUAUGGAUUUGGCUUACGAUAGAAUGACGUCGUUGGACGAUGCUUGCUUUUUACCCUUUUUCUCACCACUUCCUUUUCUUCCUGAUAGACAGUGUGCUUUUCUUGCACAAUCAGAAUUUACUUUUUGAUCCAAUG